AGGCUGUCAAAUUACAGGGCUACCAAUCGUAAAAUGAAGUUUCGAUUUCCUGUUCUUUUCAACCGAGUUCUUUUCGACGUAUGUUGUGUCGAUAAAUAAACUUUCGAGAAAAUGGUCCGCAUCAGUGUGCUAGCCGAUGCACUGAAGUGCAUCAACAACGCCGAGAAGCGCGGCAAACGGCAGGUCUUAAUCCGGCCCAACUCUAAAGUGGUGAUCAAAUUCCUCACCGUAAUGAUGAAGCAUGGGUACAUCGGAGAGUUCGAGAUCGUCGACGACCACCGAUCCGGCAAGGUCGUCGUAAAUCUCACCGGUCGCCUCAACAAAGCCGGUAUCAUUUCGCCCCGGUUCGAUAUGAAAUUGGACGAUGUUGAACGGUGGACCAAUACGUUGCUGCCGUCCCGUCAGUUUGGCUACGUCGUACUCACCACCAGCGGUGGUAUUAUGGAUCACGAGGAAGCCAGAAGGAAACAUCUGGGAGGCAAGAUUUUAGGUUACUUUUUCUAGAUUUUGUUGAACGACUAAAUUAUACGGAGUAAAAUCAACAAUUCCACACACCAGAACAGAAGUGUCCGUUUUCUUUUUUUUAAUCUUAUUGCCCAGUUUGUAUAUGAAUACAAACUGUGCAGUAAGGAAAAAAUAAACCUUAAUCAUCAUGGCAAAUUGAAAAAAAUAAAGGUUCAUGGUUUGCAAAAUAAUGACAAAGGUUUAAAAAUAUAAAAGAAGAAAAGAAAUAAAA